AUGGAGACUGUAAAUCAACGUGGUAGACCAUAUGUUAAAGGGAAAGCUCUUUCAAAAGACAUGAGAAGUUUAAUAAUAAAUGACUUAAUUCAAGGUGGUGCUGUCAAAGGUAACCCUACCAUUCCUCGUGGUCUAGGUGUUGAGUUGUCGCACAAAUUUAAAGUGUCGAAAUCGACAGUGUCAAAUCUCUGGAAAAAAUACAACGAGAAAUUCUCGGUUUCUCCUCGCAAACCAUUUCAUGCAAGUACACGGAAAAUAGGAGAAGAGGACUGUGAGUUUAUUAAAGUAUUGAAAACUGAACAACCUUCUAUGCAAUUAAAAACAAUAAAAAAUGAGUUACUUCGCCAUUCAAACAGUAUAACGCACGUCGGAAUAGGAACGAUUUCUAACACGAUUCGAAAAGAUCUCAACAUGACAUACAAAAAAAUGUGUCUGUAUCAUAAAAAUAGAUUUAAUAUUCACAAUCUCCAAUAUACACAAAGAUUCCUUAACUAUGUCGCGAAUAAAGAUCCAUACACAUUAAAGUUUAUGGAUGAAAUGGGAAUCAGGUUGGUGGACGGUCAGCCAAACUACGGACAUUCCAUUAAAGGUACAAGAUGCGUGGAAAUGACCAGAUAUGACAGAACAGCCAACUAUACCGUCAAUUUGAUCGUUGGUAUUACAGGUGUUAAAUAUGUCUCUAUUAUUGAUGGUCCAUCAGAUACUUUCAAGUAUGUUGGCUUUAUUGGAGAGGCAGCCAAUAGUUUUACAGAUGAGGGAGAGAGAGCAUUCCAGUUGGGGGAUACCCUGGUGAUAGAUAAUGCCCCUAUUCACCACCAUACCGCCGAAAGAAUCCUCAGAAAUUGGCUACCGACUAUAGGUGUAGAUGUUCUGUUUUUACCUACCUAUUCUCCAGAUCUUAACCCAGCAGAAAAAUGUUUUCUUAAAGUUAAGACUUUGAUCAAGAGUGAUAGAUAUGUAACUGCUCUACAUAAAGAUAUGAAAGAGGCCGUACUACAAGCCUUCGGCGAAAUUACUAUGGCAGACACUUUGUCCUUCUUUCAUGCAACAGAUUGCAUAUUCGCCUAA